CCUCGCGGCCCGGAAGGCUGGAGAAAUACGAAGCGGGCCGCUGCUUUUACGUGUUUGUAUGCUUGUUUACUUAAGUGGAACGGCAGAGGAGGGCGGCUGAAGGACUCGGCUGCACUGCGCUCCCCCAACCGCCGCCGCCUCGCUAACUGCUGACGCGCCCCAGACGAAAGCCUCCCGACCAAUCUCUCCCCACAUUACACGUCCAGGACGGUCACGGCCUUCGCCUACGGGUCGGCGGACGGGCCCUUCAGCUAAGAGCGAAGUCACGAGCGAGUACCGUCACGUGCUACUAACAGGAAAAAAAAAUUUCUUCGCUUCAGUCGAAGCAAAGAGGAAAAAGAAAAGGGGCGGAGCUCCCUAGGUCCGUCCUUUCCAUUGGUCGCGAGCCGCCUCCUCUACUGGCUCCCUUGCGCUUCGCCGAGCUGGCCCGGAAACGCCGACGAGAAAGGAGCGUGCCAGCUGGGCAGGCCCGGAAGCGAGGGGGCGGGUCGGACCUUCAGCGCGCGCGCCCCGGCGCUCGGGUUUCCUUUCCCCAGUCCCGCCUUCCGUCGGCGUCGGCGUCGGCGUCGACAGUGGCGGCGCGGUGCACUGUGGGAUAGGGAGCGAUCGCCGUGCGAGGCAGCAAGAUGGACGCGGGAUUCUUCCGCGGAACAAGUGCAGAACAGGACAAUCGUUUCAGCAAUAAACAGAAGAAGCUACUGAAGCAAUUGAAGUUUGCAGAAUGUCUAGAAAAAAAGGUAGACAUGGGCAAAGUAAAUUUGGAGGUGAUAAAGCCUUGGAUUACAAAACGAGUAACAGAAAUUCUUGGAUUUGAGGAUGAUGUAGUAAUUGAAUUCAUUUUCAACCAGCUGGAAGUGAAGGCCUGAACCAAAAUGGAAGUUAUUCCUUGCGUCUGAAGUAUAGCACCAUCACCUUAUUAGGUCACAGCAGAGUGAGUGUCCCAAUGUCGCUCUGACCCAACUCCCUUGAUGAUGCAGUGUGUGCUGGAGAAUCCAGAUUCCAAAAUGAUGCAGAUUAACCUGACUGGAUUCUUGAAUGGGAAAAAUGCUAGAGAAUUUAUGGGAGAGCUGUGGCCCUUGUUGUUGAGCGCACAGGAAAACAUUGCUGGGAUCCCUUCUGCUUUCUUGGAACUGAAAAAGGAAGAAAUAAAACAAAGACAGAUUGAACAAGAAAAACUUGCAUCUAUGAAGAAACAAGAUGAAGACAAAGAUAAGAGGGACAAAGAAGAAAAGGAGAGCAGCAGAGAAAAAAGGGAACGAUCUAGAAGCCCCAGAAGACGCAAGUCCAGAUCUCCUUCCCCCAGAAGACGAGCCUCCCCUGUCCGACGAGAGAGAAAGCGAAGUCAUUCUCGAUCUCCUCGUCAUAGAACCAAGAGCCGAAGCCCUUCCCCUGCUCCAGAAAAGAAAGAAGAAAUCCCAGAACUUCCAGAACCUUCAGUGAAAGCCAAGGAACCUUCAAUACAAGAGGCAACCUCUACAAGUGACAUUCUGAAAGCUCCCAAACCUGAACCUAUACCAGAACCGAAGGAACCUUCACCAGAAAAAAAUUCAAAAAAGGAAAAAGAAAAGGAGAAAACCCGCCCAAGGUCUCGAUCACGAUCCAAAUCGAGAUCACGAACACGUUCCCGAUCCCCUUCUCAUACUCGACCUAGACGACGUCAUAGAACACGAUCGAGGUCAUAUUCACCUAGAAGACGUCCAAGUCCAAGAAGGCGGCCAUCUCCUCGACGAAGAACCCCACCAAGACGAAUGCCUCCUCCACCAAGGCAUAGAAGAAGUCGAUCUCCUGUGAGACGAAGGCGGCGCUCAUCAGCAUCUCUCUCUGGCAGCAGCUCGUCAUCAUCAUCUUCCCGUUCCCGGUCACCUCCAAAGAAGCCACCCAAAAGAAUCUCCAGCCCCCCUAGAAAAACUCGUAGGCUUUCUCCAUCUUCAAGUCCUCCACGGCGAAGACAUCGGCCAUCUCCUCCAGCAAGCCCACCGCCAAAAACCCGUCGGUCACCAACGCCCCAGCAGUCAAAUCGUACAAGGAAAAGUCGUGGCUCUGUUUCUCCAGGGAGAACCUCAGGUAAAGCAACAAAACAUAAAGGUACCGAGAAAAGAGAGUCACCUUCACCAGCACCAAAACCUCGGAAAGUAGAGUUAUCCGAAUCGGAAGAAGACAAAGGUGGCAAAAUGGCAGCAGCAGAUUCCGUGCAACAGAGGCGACAGUACCGGAGACAGAACCAGCAGUCUUCUUCUGACUCUGGCUCCUCCUCCUCCUCAGAAGACGAACGACCGAAGAGAUCAAACGUGAAAAAUGGAGAAGUGGGAAGACGUCGACGACAUUCGGCCUCUCGGAGUGCAUCCCCAUCACCACGGAAACGCCAGAAAGAGUCCUCUCCUCGGAUGCAGAUGGGAAAGAGAUGGCAAUCGCCAAUGAUUAAAAGUAGUAGGCGGAGAAGAAGUCCAUCACCUCCACCGGCUAGACGACGGCGUUCCCCUUCUCCGGCCCCUCCACCCCGGCGGCGGCGAUCUCCCACACCACCACCUCCACCACCACGGCGCAGGACUCCUUCUCCUCCCCCACGUCGACGCUCACCUUCUCCAAGAAGAUACUCUCCUCCAAUACAGAGAAGAUACUCUCCUUCCCCGCCUCCUAAGAGAAGAACGGCUUCCCCACCACCACCUCCCAAGCGAAGGGCAUCACCUUCGCCUCCCCCAAAGCGACGGGUCUCCCAUUCUCCACCUCCGAAGCCAAGAAGUUCCCCUGUUACAAAGAGACGUUCCCCUUCCUUAUCUUCUAAGCAUAGGAAAGGGUCCCCCCCUAGCCGAUCCACCCGAGAAACCCGGUCUCCUCUACCAAACAAACGGCAUUCACCUUCACCACGGCCUCGAGUUCCUCAUACCUCUGCAAGUCCUACCCCACUCCGAAGAGGAGCUUCAUCUUCACCCCAAAGAAGGCAGUCCCCAUCACCAAGCACUAGGCCUAUCAGGAGAGUCUCCAGAACCCCAGAGCCCAGAAAAGCAAAAAAGGCUGCCUCACCAAGUCCCCAGUCUGUAAGAAGGGUCUCAUCCUCCAGAUCUGCCUCCAGAUCUCCUGAGCCAGCAGCUAAGAAACACCAAGCACCUCCAUCCCCCACCCAGUCUCAAUCCCCAUCCACGAAUUGGUCGCCAGCAGCACCUGUCAAGAAGGCUAAAAGCCCCACACCAAGCCCAUCCCCUGCCAGGAAUUCAGACCAGGAGGGUGGUGGGAAGAAAAAGAAGAAAAAGAAGGACAAGAAACACAAAAAGGACAAGAAGCACAAAAAACACAAAAAACAUAAGAAGGAGAAGGCUGCAGCGGCUGCCGCUGCUGCUGCUGCCGUAGCAUCCACCACCACAUCAGCCCAGGAAGAGCCUGAAGCAGAGACAGAGCCCAAAAAGGAGACUGAGAGCGAAGCUGAAGACAACCUGGAUGAUCUAGAGAAACACCUUCGGGAAAAGGCGCUGAGGUCGAUGAGAAAGGCGCAAGUGUCCCCACAGUCCUAGAUAGGGCUGUUUGUUAUAAUGUACAUUUGAUUGGGUUUGUACUCAGAUUCCAUUUCACAAUUGCUAAAAUGUGUUUGAGCUUUAGGCUAUAACAUUUGUUGUCAUAAUUGCUAGGUUGAGGUUCACCAUGUAAAAACAAAAGGGCAUGGAUUUACAUUACAAAAGGUGUCCACAGUGUACUAGUGACAUUCAUUGACAGCCAACAUAACUUCAUUUAGAGUGAAACAUUUUUAAGGGGAAAAAAUUUUUUAAAAGGGGUUUAAGUACAGCUGACAACCGGCUGCUUCCUUUAAAUCCUCUCCCACCCCUGGCCGUACACAGAGAUUAUCUUUUAAGUUCUUGUUCACUUCUUGGCCCCCAUUUAAGUUAUGAGGCUUUGACCUUGAAGCUGCCCGGAAGAGAGACCACUGUUCACCAGAAGGCGACAGAAGCGCUUUUAAUGCACACUUUCCUGUUGCUGUCGUCUCUGCUGAAGUGAAUCCAGAUAAGAACUCUUAGGAUGGUCCUGAAAAUGAGGACAUGUCAUUUGCCAGGACACUGUGGGCUUACACUGAUGUAACUUGUUGAUUUGGAACACUGGAAUUCCAUUUUUUCCUGUCUUGUUCCCCUACCCCCAUCCCCAUCCCCCAUUUGCUUGUAAGGACAGUUAUGCCCCAGAAAGGUUCCUUCAGUUACAUACAAUUCUGUUUGUGAAAUGACAUCAUUGCCCCAUUCAUAAUUCUUGUCUUUGUUAGCGUUCUUCCAGUUGGUAGACUGAACUUUCAGAGCUCUUGCUUUUGAAAAGUGGAAGGAUCUCAAUUUUGGAUAUUGUCAUGUUUUCACUGUUUUAUUUUAUUUUAUUUUAUUUUUUGUUUUUUUU